GGUAAAUAGAAGUAAUUCUUAACGUACAAAAAAUAUACUCCUUAAAUACGGUGUAUAAGAUUUCCGCCGCCGAGCGAUUAUUUGCCGCCUGAGAGAGUAAGAUACAGAUGGAGGCAAAUACGGCGCCGGCGGGCAUAUAUAAUGAUGGAGAUCAGCAGAGAGGCGCUGGAGGGAAGUUCAGGAAGCCUCCGUCGAGGAAACCUCCGGCUAGUCCCUACGCUCGACCCCUGGCUGCACCGAUGAAUAAGUCUGGCCGCGGCGGUUGGUUAGCGAAACUCGUUGACCCGGCCUUCCGUCUGAUCUCCGGCAGCGCCACUAGGAUCAUGCCUUCAUUCUUCUCCAAUCCGUCUUCCAAUGCUCUCCCACUUCUUCCUAUCACCCAAAGCAACGAUACAGAAAAUGACGAGUUUAUACCGAGUGCAAAGGAUGAAGAGAAGUGCAGUUCUAGUUCUGCAAUCAAAUCUACUGAAAGAAUGGAUGCCAAUGAAGUUUCAGAGCAAGAGAAAGAAAUGCGUGAAGAUGGAAAGCUGGGGCAAGAUAUGCUGAAGAGCUCUCCUGAUGAUUCCAAGAUUUCCAGAAUUGAGCAGCUAUUGAAAGGGAAAUCAUUUUCUAGGGAAGAAAUAGUCCGUUUGACUGAACUUUUGAAAUCGAAGGCUACUGAAGAUCUAGAAGAGGGCGAACCAAGCAUGACGAUAUCAGGAAGGGACAUUCUUUUGUUGCGUGACACACCAAAAAAAUCAACUGAAAGAAGACAGGAAGUUGUGAACAGAGCUCAAUUUGGACCAUUGACACCUCUGCCUCGAACAAAUGUGCAAGAUGAAAUUGGUGCAUCACCCAUUGAUGUUGCAAGAGCAUUUAUGGGAAGCCGAAUGUCAGAUCAAAGCCCUAGCCAUCGUAGUUUUCUUACAAAGGGUGAACGAGACCCAGAAAAUGCAUAUCCAUCAUUUCUUCCACCACCUUUACCUAAACCUUCCCCAUGUUGGCCCACCAUGGUGUCAGACCAUCAUCAGGACCUUACUACACCACAGAAUCAGAGAAGCAGAUAUGGCCUCCAUGACUUUCCUAGGACUCCAUAUUCUAGAACUUUACUAUCAAAAUCUAGAACCAAUAGCAGGUGCCUUGACCUUUCUGUAAAGUCUUCUCAACAAUCUCCCAUGUCAACUCGUGGGCAGGUAAUCUUCUCCCGGCCGUCGUAGUUAUAUCAUCUAACAUUGUGCCGUAUGCAACAAUAAGAGUCUGCUUGGGAUAACCCAUGGAAAGGGCAAAGUCUGACAUGUUUGACCACAGUUAUGGAUCAGUUGGACCAAUCAGGAGAUCACGCAAUAAGCUAGGUUCAGAUUCCCAGUCCAGGAAAUCUAUUUUCUUGAAUCCUUCUAAAGCUGCUUCAGAAAUUGAAAGAUCACUUGUUCCUAAAACAUUCGUACCUUCUCUGGGAAAGAAUAAGGAAGCCAGCCACCAACAUGAUGAUACUUCAAAGGCUGGGCCAAAUGAGGCAUGUAGAAUAAUACUAGAGCACAUUAACAGGCACAAGCCAACGCCGAAAGAGAAGGCAUAUGAACUGAAUCUGGCUACUUCUUAUGCAAGGUCAAAUGAGAGUUCCGAACUUUCACAUUCUCAAGUCCUAAACACGACCGAGUCAGUGACAAAAAACUCUUUGAAGGACAAAAAUAGCGAGAAAGGGAUCCUCCAGAGGAAUUCCUUUGGAAAUAGUUUAUGUGUAUCUAAUUCCAAUGGGGGGCCUUCGUUGUUCUCAAAGGCUGAAUCACAAACUAAUAUUUUCUCUCCUCCUACUAGUGAUCCGAGUUCGUACCAGAUAAAGUGUUCAUAUCAAGAAGACCGGAGGGAGUAAUAGUGUAAUACCAUCAUAUGCCUUGUGCAUGCAAUCUGUACGCACGAGAAGUAAUGGUCUUAAAGGGAUUCAGUGAAUUUAAAUAUUUUCAUCUGGACGUACUGAAUGGGAUAAGUAGCUUUUCCAUGGUAUAUAACAUAAAUUUUACCCCGAAUGCUGAAUAAACACACUCAACCAAUCCACCUUUUAGCCUCAGUAAUUUGGGGCUUUUUUCAAGGAGAACGGUAAAGCAAUAUUUUCUGUAAACACCGGUUCUUUUCUCUUUACAGAUGUCACUAGGAACUAACAUUGUGCCAAGAGGGACCACACAAAAUUGGUCUUCUCAACAACAGAGUAAUGGCCAGAAUGUCUCCACCAAGCCGGAGAAUAAAUUGCCAGCACAUACUUCAGGAACAAAACCCACUUUGCAGGCCAUCAGUAUAAGCAAGCCAGACCAUAGACACAGCAUUUUUUCCGAUAAUACACCCACUGGAUUCACCUUUCCCGUUCCUGCCUCAAACGGUGCACUCUCUGAACCGCCGCCGACCCCCUCGAUGCCAUCAUCAGCUGCAAAGAUUGUGCCACGUCUGGAUGAGCUGUCCGGUGACAUUCCUUGUUACAGCUUUGGCACAGAAAAAUCCUCGCAGAGACUUGUUUUCUCUUUCCCAUCUACGGAUGCUUCUGUCCCUGCAGAUGCACAAGAUAUCAAGUUCAACUUUGGGCAGGCGGAUGGGAAGAGGAGGUUGUGUUUUAGUACUGUAGGUAAAGCUGUUUGUUAGAAUUUCAUUUUUUUCUUUUCUUCAGUUAACCUGAUAUAUUAGUUGUCUUGCUUUUCAUUUCUUUAUAUGGUCAAUAAUUCUUGUACGAUAGUGCAACCAUUAAGUGCAUUCUUCUGUAUGUCCUUUUUUUAGAAAUGUCUCCAGUAGUUGUAAAUUUGCCCAUUCACGUUACUAGUUAUAGCUGAACUCAAUCCAUUUAUUUUGAAGUACGAAUAGCAUAUGUAUUGAAUUGGUGAUUUUAUAGGAUAAUACGAGAAUGAUUGGUAACC